GUUUGGCCCGCGACACUGUGACGUCACUGGCUAACCUGUUAGCAUCUAUCUCUAUUGUCUGUGUUGGUAUCAAAUGACGUCAUGUUGCUGUUAGCAUGUCUCUACCACGUCGUGGAGGAGCGACGCCUCAGACGAGACCUGAAGACGAGAGGCUCCUGUUGAUAAUGAGUUGUGAUGAAGAGACCAAAGCUUGCCGCAGUUUUCCUCUUCCUCGGCUGCCUGCUCGUCUACCUCAUGUUCGUCAAGCGUCACUACAGCCUCUUGAAGCCUGACGCGGUCGAACUACCUCCCCCCCACCUGUCGCCCUUGGACCGGGUAGGAGACGCCACGUCGCCCUCUGAUGCCGGACCCAGUUUCCGGUACGGGAUCAUGUUCGAUGCCGGGAGCACGGGGACGAGAAUCCACGUCUUCACGUUUCAGAUGGAAAACGGAGAAGCUCUGUCGCUGGCCCACGAGAUCUUCAGAGCCAUCCAGCCCGGCCUGUCUGCGUACGCUGACGACCCAGAGAAGUGCACGUCAGGGAUCACGGAGCUGUUAGACGUGGCCAAGUCCAGUGUCCCCCAAGCUCUCUGGAACAUCACCCCCGUGGUCCUGAAGGCAACAGCCGGACUCCGCCUACUUCCUGGAGAGAAGGCCAACCACCUGCUGGCCAAUGUGAGGGCGUUGUUUCUCCAGUCUCCCUUUCUGUCCAGAGACGACAGCGUGUCCAUCAUGGAAGGAACUGACGAAGGGAUCUCUGCCUGGAUCACGGUCAACUUCCUCACUGGCGGACUUCAUGGAGCUGGCUCGCCCACAGUGGGGAUGUUGGAUUUGGGGGGGGGGUCGACUCAGAUCACCUUCAGUCCUCAGGACGAGAAAACCAUCCAGACCUCACCUGUAGAUGACAUCAGAUCCUUCCAGAUGUUCAACACUACACACACCGUCUACACUCACAGUUAUCUGGGUCUCGGUCUGAUGUCGGCUCGACUCGCCGUCCUAGGCGGCGUCGACCGCUCGCCCCUAGGGGGCAGCACUGAGCUGGUCAGCCCCUGCCUUGCUCCAGAGUACUCUGGCAGUUGGGAGCAUGCUGACGUCGUCUACACUGUGAAGGGGCAGAAGGCAGGGGAACCGGUGUACGAGGCGUGUCGCACCAAAGUGGAGAAGGUUCUGUACAGGAAGGUGAGCAGGCCGGCUGAGGUGGCCGACGUGGAGUUCUACGCCUUCUCCUACUACUACGACCGAGCCGUCGACCUCGGAGUGAUCGAGGAGAAGAAGGGGGGAACUAUCAAAGUGUCCGACUACAUGGAUGCAGCUGAAAGAGUGUGCGGCGGAGCGUCCAUCCCUCAGAGUCCCUUCCUCUGUCUGGACCUGGUCUACGUGUCCGUCCUGCUGCAGCAGCUCGGCUUCCCCCCCCACAAGCACCUGAAGCUGGCGAGGACCAUCAAGCAGGUGGAGACCAGUUGGGCUCUGGGAGCGACGUUCCACUACAUCGAGUCCCUGAAGGGACACUGACCUCUGACCUCCUACAGGUGGUGACCUGUGGCUCUCAGCUGACAGUGGGCGGAGCCAAUGGUACCUGCUCUCCACCUGCAGCUGUCAGGGCCCACUACUGCAUCUGGGUCAUGUGACACUCCGUCCAAUCACACGCUGCUUCCUGUUCAGGUGGCGCCAGCCUCGUUUUCGGACCUCGUGGAAACACUCCGACCUGUGAUCCGGUUUCACUUCCUGUUCAGACUCUGGGUUUUAAUGAUUUAGAAUGUUUGAAUUAAUAAGUAACUUCAGACGAGAAACGUUUGUGAAGUGAAAGUUUGUUUUUAAAAGCUCUGGUGGGUGAAUUAAACUUUAUAUCAUGAAGUCUCGUCCUUCACAACUUCUGACGUUUAAAUAAAGUUUAUUUAAUCAAC